CGCAGCCCCAACUCUCGUCACAAUGUCGGAACCAACACUGGCAAUCUUCGCUCCGUUCCUCCGCACUAAGCGCCUUACCAUGGUUCUAUUGAACUUAGAAAGGGAUGUUCAAGUACUAGCCGAAACAAUGAACGUCUUCUUGAGCGGAAAGGAUGGUUUCGAAUGGACUGUUGAGCGCGCAAGACGCCUCAUGACGAAUUUGACUCUGAGCCCUACCAAUUCCCUUGGGCUCAAAGCUCCAGGACCUGCGUUCUACAUGCUUCAUUUGGACUCAGAAACUGGGCCAGUGGUUGGGUUCGUUGGACUAAAUGAGAGAAAUCCAGACGUACCACCUGACGUCGGUUUCGUGCUCAAACCAGAAUACCAGAAUCAAGGAUACGGAACCGAAGCCGCCACAGCGUUUCUAGAUUAUUUCGUGCGCGAUUUUGGACUCAAGAACAUCUGCGCAAUAGUUUCGGGCGAUAAUGAGCGAAGCGUAAAAUUAAUUCGUAAGCUGGGGUUUGAGAGAGGUGGCGAUGCGGUGUUGGAGCCGUGGGGGGCGCUUGAUGUUUAUGUAUUGCCGGGGAUGAAGCAUUUUAGUAAGGAGACUACGAAACUUAGUAGAUGGGGUGUUGAUAAGUAGAGUUUACUUAUGGAGAAGAGGAUUUCGAAUGAUUAUGGAUGAGAGUGCUGGUGGAACUCGAAUUCUCCCCCUUUCCGGUCCCGCUUAAGACCUCCUUGUCUGAGAAGCCAUGGACUUUACAUUGAACCCGCGCCUCGAGCCAUCGAGUAUAUUGUUCUAAGACAGCAUAAGAAAUUAAAACCUUUC